GACUCAGAGGCUCAACCCACAUGUGCUCAGUUUGUUUACAGCGUGGAGCCUGCAGGUGACUUGACAGUGAACUGGCCGGUAGCUGCUGCACCAUCACACCCAGGAUCCAUCCUGCUGUCAGCUGCAGUGGAAUAACCAACAGAGAGUCCAGAGAUCCACACACCAACUUCUGAUCCUCAGCAGCAGCGCAGAGUGUGAUGUGACCGGUUGGUUCGGCCUUCUCCCAUCUAUCAGUGAAGAUCAGUCAGAGAUGACAGCGCUGCAGGCAGCAGAAGAAGUCGGAGCCAGAGGAGUGAAGUCUCUUCAGAUGCUGAUGCUGUGUCUCUUCCCACUGCUGUGGCUGCAUCCUGCAGACUCCAGCACUGCUGCAGAUGCCAAAACCUGGAGGCAAACCAGGCCACGGCUGCAGCUCUCCCACUCAGAUGUGAGGAACGGUUCGUCUGUCUUCUGGGAGGGCGGAGUUAGCGGUGGAUACCAGGCCUUGCUAUUGGACGAGGAUCAGGGAUGGCUGUUGGUCGGAGGAAAAGAUCACAUCUACCUGCUGAGGUCCGACAGCUUGGAUCUGCCCACGCAUACGAUCCACUGGCCUGCUGCCAGAGAACAUGUGGAGCACUGCAGGCUGGCAGGGAAAAGUCUGGAGACAGACUGUGCCAACUUCGUGCGGCUUCUGCAGCCUUUCAAUAAGACCCAUGUCUAUGCUUGUGGCACUGGUGCCUUCCAUCCACAGUGUACAUACCUGCACGUAGGACACAACACAGAGGAGCCGUUGUUCGUGUUGUCUCAUACGGUGGAGUCGGGCAGAGGAAAAUGUCCCUACAGUCCCAGGGAGCCCUUCACUGCUAGACUGACUGAUGGUGAACUCUAUGCAGGUACCUCAGUAGAUUUCAUGGGAGCCAAUGCUGCGAUCUUCCGUACGUCUGUCCACGGCAGCAGUCAACAUUACAUCCGUACUGAAGCGUAUGAUCACAACUGGCUCAAUGAGCCGGAGUUUGUGGGCUCCUUCUCCAUCCCUGACACUCACAGUCCAGACGACGACAAGGUCUACUUCUUCUUCAAGGAGCGGGCGGUGGAGGCCGGACAGUGGGACAAGAGGGUGUACAGCCGCGUGGCUCGAGUCUGCAAGAAUGACGUAGGAGGAAAGAGGAGUCUGAUCAACCGCUGGACCACCUUCCUCAAAGCCAGGCUGGUCUGUUCUGUCCCCGGCCCGUCUGGAGUCGACACACAGUUCGAUGAGCUCGAGGACAUCUUUGUUCUGGAGACGAAGGACCCUCAAAACCCGACCAUCUAUGGUGUCUUCAGUACAUCCAGCUCUAUAUUUCGAGGUUCAGCAGUGUGUGUGUUCUCCAUGGCGUCGAUCCGUGCUGCUUUCAACGGGCCGUUUGCCCACAAAGAAGGUCCUGACUAUCGCUGGGUGGAGUACAAGGGCCGCAUCCCCUACCCGAGACCUGGCACUUGUCCCAGUGAGACGUACGACGCUCUCCACAAGUCCACCAAAGACUUCCCAGACGAGGUGGUGAGCUUCAUGCGGCAGCACCAGCUGAUGUGGGAGCCCGUCCUGCCUCUGGGCGGCAGACCCAUCUUGACCCAGGUCAACGUGCCCUACAUGUUAAAGAGGAUCGUAGUGGACAGGGUGGACGCCGAGGACGGACCUUACGAUGUCUUACACCUGGGUACAGAUGAUGGGAAGGUGGUGAAGGCAGUGUCAGUCACCAAAGACAGCUGGGACACAGAGGAGAUCAUUCUGGAGGAGCUGACUGUCUUCCAGAGUCCCACUCCCAUCCUGAGCAUGGAGCUGUCAACCAAGAGACAACAGCUGUAUGUGUCCAGUGAGCUCGGCGUGGCUCAGCUGGGGCUCCAGAGGUGUGAGUUGUACGGGGCCGACUGUGCUGAGUGCUGCCUGGCCAGAGACCCCUACUGCUCCUGGGACGGUCAGACCUGCUCCAGAUACUUCCCCACCAGCAAGAGGCGGGCGCGGAGGCAGGAUGUAAAGUACGGAGACCCCUGGAGUCAGUGCCCAAUCACAGAGGACGAUUCUGAGUCAGUGGAGGUGAAGGUGGUGUACGGUGUGGAGGGAAACUCAACCUUCCUGGAGUGUGUUCCUCGGUCACCGCAGGCUGAGCUCAAGUGGACGGUGCAGCAAACUCUCAAUCAGGCACAGGAAAGCAGAGAGCUCCGUCAGAGCGAUGAUCACCGCUCCCUCCACAUGAAGCGGGGCCUGCUGGUUCAACACCUGGAGCUGGCUGACACAGGCCUCUACACCUGUGCCAGCCACGAGCACUCCUACAGCCAGGUGCUGGCCCGAUACCGCAUUCACAUUAUCCCCAACCACAGCCUCCACCCAACCCGCUACCAGCAGAACCACCCGGGCCCCGCGGUCCUCGGGAGGAUCACCCCGGCUGGGGUGGCCGGGUUUCUCGGCCAGUCGGGACGCCCUCAUCAGCAGCCUCCGGUGCCGGGACACAGGAACUCGUGGCUGCCCCAGCAUCCUCAGCAGCUUCCUCUGAAGAGCUACAAAGACCUGCACAUGGUGGGGACCAACAGCCUGAGUGUGGACGAGUACUGUGAGCAGCUGUGGUACCGCGAGAAACGCCGACAGCAGAAACUGCGCACUCUGAAGCUGAAACAGGAGAGCAGGAAAGCCCGGGUGAGGAGGAACAACCCUCCUGAGAUCCCCCUCUAGUCACCUGGAGAACACAGAGACUGCUACCAUGACUGCUACUCUGUACAUGCAGAGGACAAGGAACGGUUUCACCAACAAUGUUUGCUUUGUGAGCAAAUAAUGCCAGCUGGUAAAGUGACACCAACUAUAUUUGCCAUUAAAGACUGACAGUAAUUAAAAAAAGACAUUAGUAUAUCCUCAUCCUGAAUAUUUUGACAUUUAGACACAACAAAAAUGGAUAUGGAGGGGAAAAGUUAUUUGUCUCUGAAUUUAUAUUAUUAGCAAUACUCAUUAUUGUUUGAGACAUAGUUGGCUCUAAGCUUCAGAUAAAAUUGAAAAUGUUAUUUUGUAACAUGAAAUUCAGACUAGCUCGGUGGCAUCACGUCAGGUGUGGUAAACCAGACAUCAUGACACACCUCAGAAUCACAAAUGUGCCAAGUAUUAUGGGUAUAUAACACACUGAAUCGUGCAUAUUUGUGGCUGACAGUUUACAAGACAAUAUACUAUGUUGUCUUGUAAACUGUCAGCAGUAGACAUGGUUAAAAGGGAAGAGAUGCAUCUGAUUAUAUUUCAGUUUACAUAAUGUCAUCUUAUUAACUGUCAAGGACAAACUACCAUUUGUUAUUGCUCCUAAUUGUAGCUUAGCUAAUUAGCUUAGUAAUGCCAAAAACUGUUUAAAGGGAUAGUUCAGAUUUUUUUGAAGUGGGAUUGUAUGAGGUAUUUAUCCAUAGACAGUGUCUUACCUACAGUAGAUGACGGUCAGUACGCCCCCAGUUUGGAGAAACAGACAGGAGUAC